GCGUAUAUAAAAAGGAGCUGGAAGUUCUGAGCAGCUCCAGAAGAGACCUGAACACGGCUGAGCAGCGGGCAGGACAGACACACACUAGGAUUUUCUCUGAUCGUCAAGACAUCCAGACAAUAGCAAAUAUGGUGGCUGUUCAAAAACCUUGGACAACCCUGAUUGCUUUUGCUAUCUGUGUGCUGGUGUGCCUCGGGACCUUGGUGGAUGCCUAUCCUCCCAAACCUGAGAAUCCAGGAGAAGAUGCACCUCCUGAGGAACUGGCGAAGUACUACUCUGCUCUCAGGCAUUACAUCAAUCUCAUCACACGGCAGAGAUACGGUAAGAGAGAUAGUCCGGAAGCUUUGUCAGAUUCCCUCUUUGAUGAUAGCAGGGAUCACAUUGGGAGGUCAAGAUACGAUGAUUCUUUGAUGUGGUGAUCCUCUGUCUUUGUACCUUGUCUACCUUUUGUGUCUUUGCGUUUUAAUUAUGGUGCAGAAGGACCUGACUUCUAAAGAAUUAUGUGAAGACUACACCAAACCAAAAGGAUCACUGCAUGCAAACCUUUUUCAUGCAUUGAGGAACCAUUGAAGCUUUUUAUGUGGCAGACAAUUGUACAUAAUUUAUUGUUAAAUAUAAUAUAUGGCAAUCAAGAAUCAAAAUGUGGGGUCUUUCUGAGAAAAAAAUCUUCUGUUUGUAUUGUAAAAAUGUUUAUGUGCAAUUAAAGUUCGAUGGAUGAAUCAACUUUGCAA